UCGGAAUUUCGAAUAAUUACCCCUUUCUCAGGGGUGGGGAUUGUGGGGUGGUUUAAGUGUCGAGUUUUCGCGGAGUUUUGGCGACACUACCACGAAAACACGGUAAAUGGGGCGCUUUUCGGGCCGACUUUUUGUCCGUUGUGUUGGUGGUUUGACGACGCCAAGCCGCAUGGUAUCAUGGGAUAAUCAUGUACGUCUGUGACAAGUGAAACUAUUCGCGUUUUGAAGACACGAUUCGUGGAGGUUUAAUGUGCGGGACAAAAUGAGCGACGACGAAGGCCCGAAAUACAAAGAUGGAGACAUUGUUUGGGUCAAAUUGGGCUCUUGUUGGUGGCCCGGAGAAGUCACAGACAACGCUCCUGAGGACUACUCGUCCAAAAAGCCGCCUCUGGCGAUUGUAAAGUUUUUUAAUGAAAGCACAUAUGAAUUUGUUAAAAGUCACAACAAUAUUUACUACUAUAACUGCGACAGGAAGAAUGAGUUUAUUAAAAAGGGCAUGGAUUCCUUCCGUGCUAACAACACCCACAUGGCGAAAUUCCCGGGUGACGUGAGUCUAGCUGAGAUACGCACAGACGGCAACCCCAACAUCCUCAGCGACCCCAUUUUCGCCCCCCAGAAGCAAAAUCGCAGCACUAUUAUUGCGGAGGUUUUCGGCAGCCCUAGCCCCAAGAAAACUCCCAAGGAAAGCAAGCAUGUGCGACGCGUCGCUUCAAAAAACUCGUCGAAGAAGCCCAAGGUGAACAUCACCCACCGGAGGUUUCUGGGCUGCGACGACUACGAGGCCCACAUCCGGGUGCAGUACCCCGGCAAGGACACCGAGCACUUGAGCAGUGACGAGGAAAUUGUGCGUUUGAAUGCCGAACCCAGCCAGACUUUCAAUUGUUCGACGUGCUCGUUUAACACGAAUCGCUUGGAAGUGAUGUUGUUCCACGUCCAGUGCCAUAUCAAAGGCAUCGCGUCGCCUGUGCACGUGAAGAAAAAAGCGUCCCCGAAGAAGAAGAAAACGCGGGUUAUUCAAAAACACAUAACUUCUGACGAUGACAGAACUAACUCUAGUGCUGGCUACUUUGACACGGACAGUGAAGAAGAGAAGCCGAAGCCGAAGAAGAAGAAACGAGCGGCGCCGAGCCCGAAGAAGCCGAAGCCCAAACAAGUCGAGGAGGAGAAAACCGCGACGGAUAUCCGCAGCAACUUGUUGGCGGAGUGGAGCGACAGCGAAGAUAACGAAGAAAUCGAAACCAGUCGAAUCGACACGAGCGGGGAGAUUAGCGACAAGAAAGAAGACAAAGAAGACGACAAAGACAAAGAAAACGAGAAAGAAAGUAAAAGUGAAGAUCAAACUAAUAAAGAUUCAAAUAAAUCGUGCUUCGAUUUCGACGAAGAAGACGAAGAUAGUAGUAUAGUCCACACGGCGGUGGGGCGCAAAAUCCCCCGAGUCAUCCCUCCAACUGACAAGCGAAAAUCGACCGAUCCGGAUAACGAAGACGCGAGUCUCCCGGUAGCCGAAGACGACCACAACCGCAUGGAAAUCCUCAAGGUUAACGAAAACUUGAACGAGAGCUCGAAUUCGGUGUCGAACGACACCGAGCUGGCGAAAGAAGAAGAAGUUUUCAAGGAUUUGAUGGACUCGACGUCGGUGCCUGAGUUACCGGAGGUCCCCGAUUCCUCGAAACCGCAGAAAAAUUUUUCCGACAAUAAAACCGUCAAAAUCCCGGACAAAAAGAGCGAGAAUGUCACAGAAGUCGCAACGAAAUUGACAAACCCGAAGAAGCGCUUCGUGAAGUCGUUCGAAGAUUUUGAGUUGCUUCAGAACGAGCAGAGGAGAGCGCAGGAGGAAAAGGAGGAAGAGAUGAAGCGGGAGAAGGCGGUUAUUGUGGAACCCGUGGAAGCGGCGGCGGAGACACCCCCAGUGGAAGAAUCGCCGCCGCCGCUGCCGCCUCCCGAGGAACCACCGACGACUGCGGCAGAAGAAUUAGACCCGACGGUGGAAAAAACACCCUCGGAAUCGCCUCCAGUUGAAGAAGACGCGUCUCCAGUCGUGGACGAUCCACCAGUCGUGGAAGAACCGCCGCCCAUAGCAGAAGAGACGACGACAACUCCACUGGAAGAGAAAAUCGAAGACAAGAAAGAAGAACCAGAAGAAGACAAAUCCGAAUCUCAGGUUGUCGAAACUCCGGAAGUACCCGACUUCUCGGACCCGAAAGAAUUCCUCGAACCGAAGGAACCCCCCGAAGCCAAAUCCAUCGAUUCGAACUUACAAAUUUCCAAACUGAAAUGUCAAAUCAUGUCGAAACUAAGCGACGACGAGCCCGAAUCUUCAAAAGUAACGAAGAAAAGCUCGCACCGGACCCCUAGAAGCAAAAUCCUUGAGUCGUACAGAAACGACAAGUCUAAAGAAAAGCAGCGCCGAAGCGUCGACGAAAAAGAAGAAACCGCCGAAGAACUAAAAAAGGAGCACCACGCCCCAAAAAAGUCAAAAUUUCUAAAAUUCGCGCAGGAAGAAAACGACAAUGAAGACGAAGCGAUGAAAGAAGAAACGAAGAGUGACAUCAUCAAAGAAGUGGAAGCCAUCCCGGAGAAGAACCCUGACGAAGAAAUCGGCAAGAUCAACCAAAUCGACCAGUACUUGAACGACUUUCUUUUCGAUUUUCCGAAGAAGGCGGAAACGCCGCCGAAGGAGCUUGAAGAAACUAAAAUCGAAGAAGAGAAGGUCGAAAAACCGUCGAACGAGUUGCACAUUAAAUGUGUGACUAGUACCGACGAUCAAGAAAGCGAAGUCGUCGAUAUUUCAAUUAAAACUAAUUUAACGAAUUUUAACAAAAGCGAGGAAGAGAUGUCCGCUUUGAGCACUCUGGCGAUGGUUUCGCAGCUCGAAACCGCCCCGCCUGACGACAAAAUCGAUGAGCCGGUGAAGACGCCCUUCGAGCCGAAACCCGAACCCGAGCUUGUCCCCAUCGACGGGAAUUUAACCGUCGUUUCGGAGAAGGAUUUGGCCGACGGCCAGGUGGAAAUCACCGCCAGCGCCUCCCCCAUCUACAAGAAACCCGUGACUUUGACGAAUUUCUCGAUGGACUUUUCCGAGUGUAACAGCAACAGCACUAACGACAGCGUGACCAGCGAACUAGAAGAAAAACCGAAAGAAGAAACGAAGAAAAUCCCCGGUCCUGAAGACGUCUUCGACUUGGAAGAGCACAUCCCGUCGCAAAUCGUCGACAAAGCCAAACCGACGCCUCUGAGUCACUCUUCAAAACUUCUAGAAAGACUGACGGAACCGAAACCUAAAGACAAUUCGACUCCGAAAAGUUUAAAAGUGCCUACCAAAGAUAGUACAAAAGUCGCCAAGACGAAAUUCGUUAUAAAGCCGCCGCAAAAGGUGGCAAAACCUCCGCCGCCUCAAUCGAAUAAGCCGAUCAUCCUGUCGGAGAAGAUAAUCAAACCGGUGAAAGGAGCCGGAGAUUCGUCGGGCUCGGUGUCCGUGCAGAAGAUCACGUCGAAGCGGAACUUGCACGACCCGGACGAAAUCGACGCGUUUAUAAUCCAGAAAGGCGCGAAGAACGUGGACGAGGAGGACGAGGAGCACGAGGAGUUGGCAGAAAUACCUGCGAAGAAGUCGCGCAAGAACACGUCGGGGAUGGACCCGAAGAAGCUCCAAGUCUCGUCGACGGCCACCUCCGUGAAGAAAAGAGGCAAGGCGAAGAUUUUGCAGCAGACGAUCAUCACACCCGCCGGCGAAAUUAUACAACCGAACGUGGCGGCGGCGGCGGCGGCGGCGGUCGUGUCGCAAGACGACAACGUCUUCGAUAUCAACUCGAUGCCUAUAGUCUUAUCCGACCAAAUCCUGACGCCCGAGAGUAUAGAGAACAUGCCGAUUUACUUGAGCGAAUCGACGCCUGAACCCAUCACCCCCACCACGAAAAUCCAGACGACCAUAGUGAAGAAGACGCCCGUGACGGUGCAGAACCAGCAAGUGAGACUUUUGAAUAAGUCGAUCGCGUCGCCGGUGCCCAAGCUGGUCAAGACGCCCAAAAUUUUAGGCAGCGUGGGGUCCAAGCUGGUCAAGCACAAUUCGUUCUCGCCGGGGGCCGGGAAGCAUGGGAAGUACGUGAUCGUGACGCAGGCGGGGACGACGCCGACGAGUCGGUACACGGUGGGGAAGAAGCAGACGAUUAUCAAGAGGGUCGCUGGGGACCUGGGGGUCACGUCAGCCGGGACUUUGACUAAAGUGCAAAAUAUAGCGCCCGAGCCGAGCGGGAAUAAGAUUAUGAUACUGACGGACCAGCAGGGGCAGCAGCAGAGGGUGCUGCUGACGCCGGCGCAGCAGAAGAUGAUGGGGUACCAAGGACAAGGCGGGAAGGUCGCCAAGACGGUGGUCAAAGGCAACAUCGUCCAGAAGUCGAAAGACGGGCAAAUGACCGCCGUCCCCGGCUCCAGCGGGCUGCUCUCCAAGGGCCUCGCCUCGUCCCGCCUCGCCGGCCAGACCCUCAUCUCCAGCAGCGGCCACGUGCUCACCCCCGUCCACCCCUCGCAGGCCAAAGCCCUGCGCGUCGAGAAGCCCGCCCCCGGCCGCAAGAUCCAGAUGCAGAGCCAGAAGGUGCCCCUCAAGCCGCCGCAGAAGACCAUCCUGAUCAAGAACCAGCACGGCCAGACCGUGCGCAAGAUCCAAGGCACGGACGACGCGCUCCUCGACAAGCAGGUGGCCGAGCAGAUCGAGGCGAUCAAGGCGAGCGGCGCGCUGCACAAGCAGGAAGCGCUGGGCUACAAGGCGGCGCCGAAGACGGCGUUCCGCCGCUCGUACGCCAAGAAACCGGAGAGCCCGAAGCCGGCGCCGGUGCAGAAGCCGAAGGAGGCGGCGCCGCCGCCGCUCGCGCCGAUCUCGCCGAAGAAGGAGGAGCGCGCGGCGCCGGAGGGCAAGCAGGAGCGGGCGCUCCACCAGCUGGUGAUACAGGACGCGAUGGGCAACCAGACGACGAUCACGGAGGGGCAGAUCCUGGCGCUGCCGAGCGAGACGAUCGACGGCCAGCCGCAGUCGUAUAUGUUGGUCACGUUGGACGAGUCGGGGAAUCUGACGCCGCUGAAUAACGAGGCGCUGCUGUCGCUGGAUCCGAACCUCGGGCUGGGAGGGGAUCUGGGGAACACGGUGCUGCAGAUCGACCAGAGCGCGCUGAAGGAGGAGCCCGCGGCUCAACCCGAACCGGUCGAGGUGCCGAAACCCGAGCCGACAAUCCCCGAACCGCCACCCGAAGUGGUACAAAAAGAAGAAGAGAAACAAGUGGAGACGAGCCAAGAGCAGAUCGUCGAUUCGGCGGUGAUGCAAACGAUGGGCGAAACGGGACAACAAUUAAUAGUGACGGGAGAUCCCAUAGCCGCCCAGAAGUUCUUAGAAUCUUUAACCGAAGGAAACACCGAUCUGGCUAACAUUUUGGCUAGCGCCGAAGGCAGUAGUAUUCUGAUCCAUGCGGACGGUCAGCAGAUCCUCAUCAAUACGGAUUCGGAUAACCAGAUGCUUUUGUCGGUUAAUACCGACAAUCUGAACAUGGCGGAGAGCACAGAAGGCGGCGGCAAUCCGAUUUUUGCCACGCAACCCACGAAGAACCAGGAUAUCCUGGCGGCGGCUUUGGCAGACACGGACGUGUUCCAGCAGGAGCAGAACGGACAGAAAGUGUCCCAACUGAGUCCCAAUAGUGCUCUUUAUCCCAUGAACGUCGGGAAUGUUCUGGAGACGAGUCUGACGUUGAAUUCGCCAAUUAUGACACCACUAGAAGUGCCCAGUACCAACAGUAAGAAAAUUUCGGACGAGAGCGACAUUUUGAACCAAGUACCGAAAAACGUGGACCUACCUAUAACAAUCACCGACCCUAAUAUAUCUCAAACGGUCGCUCAGCAGCAGGUGGCGUCCAUGAUGGUGAACGAACUUCAAACUAAUCUAGAACUGUCACUGCCAAUCUCCGACGCAGCAAUAACGGUAACCUCGUCAGAAAUGAACAGUCCGAAUUUCGUGUAUUCGUUACCGAGUCUAGAUGGCGCCGACAUCAACCAGAAGCCGUUCAACAGCAGCAUGCCUUUGCUCACCGAAGACACCGACGAAGUCUCGAACGAAUCAAAAGAGACCAAGCCGGCGGCCAAACCCGACGAAGAAAAAGUAGAAGAGGACAAAAACGAGACGAAGAUCGAGUUAAACGAGGCGAAGAUUAGUCCGGACGGGUCGUUCUUGGACGAGAGCGAAGGCUUGUGCACGCUCGGGGGGGAGAUGUGCAGCUCGUUGAGUGAGCCGCCCCCGGACAUGUUCGACCUGUCGGCGGUGCUGUCGUCGCACCAGAUGAAGGCGGCGGCGAGUCCGAAGGACGAGAAUAAAGGGGGGUUGGUGAUCAUGGAGGAGAACGAGUUGAAGAUCGACGAUAAAGGGGGCGACGAGUCGGUGUCGAGCGAGUCGGUGAACCCGGACACGGCUUCGGUCACCGAGACGAGUUCCCCGAACACGAUGAACGAGGACUCGUGCGAGAUCCCGGUGCAGCCGGACAUCGUCGCCACGCUGAAGGAGGACGGGCUGACGACGGGCUGCAAGAGGGGGUCGGAGGACGAAAUCGAGGUCAACAAUAAGAAAUGUAAAUUUGACUGAGGGUAGUUAAGAGGAUGUAUAUAAUGUGUAUGAUAGGGAGUGAGGAGACGGCCGGAGGUUUCUUUUGUCGAAAUUCGUCAGUUAUCAUUUUGUAAAUAAAUUGUUAUUUAUGUACCAGGAUGUACAUAAAAGGCUUCUUUUUUAUUCAUAUCUUUUAAUAUACAAUAAUGAUUUAUAUUAAGAUAGGUAUAUCAUAUAUGCACAUUAGAUAAAGUUAUUGCUUAUUACAUUGUAGAUGUAUGUUUAGAUUAGCUUCCAUGUGUCAUUUGUGUGAUGAAUUUUUCGAUGAAAUUGGUACUGGAUAGGAUUUUCAUCUUAUUUUAGACGAAUUUUAAUUAAGCCUAUAGAGAUAAUGUUCUUUUAAAAAUUACGUUAUGUAUAAUUUUAUUGUAAUAAAAAAAUUAAUAUUGAA